AUGAGUUAUAACUAUCCUUAUGGAUAUCCAGUUGGUGGAGUGGACCCUCAACAGCAACAACAGCCACAGCAACAGGGAUACUACCAACAACCACCACCUCCACAACAGCCACAACCACAAGGUCUACAACAUCCACAACCAACAUAUCCAUAUCCAUACUCUUAUGGAGCAACUGUACAACCAACACAUACUCCUAUAACACCUACAACUGACCCUUAUGGUCAAGUGCCAACAGUUGCAACACAACAUGUAGUUGAUCCAUAUCUUCACCAACAACAACAACAUCAUCAACAGUAUCAACAGCAACAACAACAACAACAGACUCCAAACAUAUAUUUGAAUCAUGGAUAUCAUCAACCUCAAGUGUACCCUCCUGCAGCGUCUGUCUCGCCUGUUGGAGGCAUUUCACCCCGUCAUUCAGGUGACUACACACAGUCCCAGUCAAUGUCCAAUGUGUCGCCAGGCACAAGGUCAAGGUCACCCUCACCAGGUCGUUAUCAAUCUUCAUCCACACAGCCCGCUCAAUCAUAUCAGAGCUUGGCCUUUGCCGCCGCAGCAUCCCUACAACAAGGAGGAUGUCAGCAACAAAGUGGAUACUUGGGCACAUCGUCACCAUCGUACUCCAACCUAUCCCCACGACAACAGUCGCCAGAGUACCUCAAUCAAUCAUUCAGUGGCAGUCCAGACUAUCAGCACUACACUCAACAACAACAACAGAUCGAGAAUGAGAGGAUUGAAGCCUGGAACAAGUACUACGAGCAGCAACGACUGCACCAGGUCCAGCAGGAGCAGCAGAGUGCCCAAGACAUGGAGCGCAUCAAGCUGCAACAGAAGGAGGAGACUGAUCGUCUGGCAAUCGAGCUGCAACGUGAGCGCGAUGAGUUUGACCGCAAGAAGCGUGAGUUCCAGGAGGAGAAGGAGCGCGAGACCAGACAGACCGAGACGCUCAAGCAGUCUGAGCGCCUAAAGAUCACCAAGCUGCUCGAGGAGGAGAUGCAGCGUCAGAUGAAGGAGGCCCAGCGCGAGCGCGAGAUGGCCAAGAAGCACGAGGAGGAGCUCAUGCAGCGUGUUCAGGCCGAGCAGCAACAGCACCAGCGAAUGAUCUAUGAGCAACAGGCCGCACUCAAGCAACAACAGGAGGCCAUCCAGAGGCGUCUGCAAGAGGAGGAGCAAAACAGAGCGAUUAUGGAGCAGAAGAAGGCUGAGGACCUCAGGCUCAAGGAGGAGCAGCUGUUGAGGAAGAGGCAGGAGGUGGAAGCCAUCGCCAAAAAGAUGGAGGAGGAGCAGAAGCGCAAGCAACAGGAGAUCAGUGUCGAGAAGAAUCUGGUGGAGUCGCGACGCGCCGAGUUUGAGCGCCAGGCCCAGGAUCUGGACCGCCGCAAUCAGGAGAUCGCCAAAGAGAAGAGCGCGCUGGAGGAGACACGUCGACAGAACGAGCGAAUGAUCGAGAAGAAGGCCAAGGAGUUUGAGGAGCGCAAGCGGGCCGAGGAGCAGCGGUUGAAGGAUCAGCAGGACAGCGUGAAGCGCGAGCAAGAGCUGCUCAACAUCCAGCAGAAGGAGUUGCAGAUCAAGACGCAGGACGCAACAGACUCAUUGCAGCCCAUGCGAGAGUUGAUAUUCAAACAGCAACAACCGGCUGCACCAAGUGCCCCACCAAAGCCUCGUCCACUUCCAACUCCUCCCCCAACUGCCGCCCCGGCCACUCUCCAGGUGCAGCCAGCUGGAAGGCCAAAGAUACCGCCCAGACCCAAGUCAAUGUCGCCACAACAAGCUGAUGCCAUCGUUGAUGGAUACAGAGUGGGCAGUGUCGUCAAGAUCCAGCGUUGUUUCCGUCGAUACGUACUAAGGAAACGACUUAGACAGAUUGUACAUUUGAAGCUACACUCCAACGAUCCAGAGACUGAGAAGGCCAAGCAGAGGUAUCGUGCCGUGAACGAAGUUUACACAACAGAGGUGUCCUACCUUCAUUCACUACUACUGCUGCGCGACUACUAUAUGAUCCCAAUGGAGGUGGAGUCACAUGUCACCAGCCUGUUCAAACAGGAAGAUGUGGCCAUCACUUUCUCCAACCUCAAGAGUCUUGCCGAGCUGAGUACCGACUUCCUCAAGCAGAUUGAGACUCGUCUGAAGACUUUCCCAAUCCAAGUUGGUGAUGUCUUUACCAAGUUUGCACCAGUCUUUAAGCUCUACGUAGAGUAUGUAAAUAACUUUGAUAAGGUUACUCCUCAUCUCAACUCGAUGCUGGAGAACCCUCAACAAGCUCAAUUCUUUGAGACCCAGAAGAAGAAGUCCAGGUCUAAUGCUGAUAUCUUCAGUUUAUUGAUCAUGCCUGUCCAACGUAUUCCAAGAUAUGAACUAUUGCUAAGAGAAAUAUUGAAACAUACGGCAGAGGAUCACAAAGAACAUAGUACUAUAAGCUCAGCUUAUAACUCACUAAAGAGCAUCAACACAUUCAUCAAUGAUAGCAAGAAGAACGUUGACAAUAGGUCGAGAUUGAUAUCGUUAAACCACGAGAUCAAGAACCUUCCGAAUGGACUACUGAUAGCAUCACACCGUUCCUUUGUAAGGGAGGGUGCAUGCGCUGUAUCCUCCACAAAGAAGCACGAGUCGGGCAACUACUACCUGUUCUGCUUCAACGACAUAUUGGUGGUGGCCAAGACAUCAGGCUUCUUCUCUUCAGCAAAGUACGAGUAUCUCUACACCAUUCAGCUCACCGAUGCAGAUAUCAAGGAUAUCGAGGCCAAAGGUAUGUUUGAUUGUUCGUUUGUUCAUGAUUGGUUGAUUGGUUGA